AUGAUGUCUCAUCGUUCGUAAGGUCCUCUUAGAGGGCAACAUUACAGGCAAGCCAACUUAACCUAAAUGGGAAUCAAGAUCAUUGAUUAGAAAAGCGAGUCUAUAUAUGUUGAUUCCGAAGUUUCUAUUAAGAAACGAAAACAGAAGAACCCGCUCGAGAUUAAUAGGGGCUUAUAUAAAUCUUAAACCUAUAAGGAAAUUUAUAAGUAGGAUUCCUUAAAAGAAAAUGAUAAAUUUGAUUCUCCUUUGGAUUAAUCGGUGAAUUAGCCUCUCUAUGUAACUAAUAAAUUUUCUAACUCUUUACGCAAAUACAAUGUGUAAGGUCUUACCAAAAUCUUUAUUCAGAAAUUACUCUACAAUUUAAGGAUUUCUUAAAAAUAAUAGAACCUAACAAAGAAAUUUCAAAAAUUCUUAGAAGAUAAGGCAAGUGACACCAUAAAUGAAGAAUCAGAAGACAAAGAACCUUUGAAUUGUAAUUUGUUUUUAAAAGAUUCUUACGAGAGAACUCUUUUGGACCUAUGUUUAAUUUUGAUUUUAAUCUCGUUCACCAUAUUGGUUCCUAUCUUCAAUGAAAGAUUUGAACUACUCAUAAUAUUUGUGUUUUUAUACUCAAUUUUUAAAGUAAUAGAUUACAAAACAUGCAGCUUUAUUGAUUUGCCAAUAAUUAGUAUCAACAUUUUGGCAUUUUACUAAACCCAUUUUGUAUUUGCAAAUAUCAUAAACGUGAUCAAGGUUUAUCAAUUAUUGAAAUCAAUCAAUAUCUUGACUGAAAAGAAAUUGAUUCGCUUCCUCUUUUCUAUACUCAUUAUAAUAAUACAUGUAAAUAAUAGUGCACAAUUUUGGAAAUACAUACUAGAUGAAGAUCUAGAAUACAAAUAUUUGUUAUGUGAUCAAAUAACCUUAUUAUUUAAUUUUGAUUUCUAAAUAUACGAUUAAAAUUAUAAAAUUUAUAAUUCUGUGAAUAGAAUUUUAAGUUUUUUAGUUUUAUUGUACUUUUCACAACAAUUCAUUAAUUUCAUUAAGCUUCCAUGUGAUUUAAAAAAGAAAGAGGAACUAUUUGAAUAGUUAUUAAGAAAAAAUACAAUGAGCAAACAACCUUUCAGAAUAUAACAUUAAGUUAGGUAAUUAUUGUGGUCAAAAGUUCAAAAUUACAAACAAGUAGAUUCUCAUCCAAGUCAACUUGAAUUGAAUUUUCCAAAUGAAUUAAGAAGGUCACUGAAUUUGCAUAGUUAUCUGGAUAUUAUUUAAAAAUCUACAUUCAUAAAAUAACAAUUCAGUACCUAAUUCUAAUCAAGUUUAUCCGAAUUUGUUAAAGAAUAGACAGUGGAAUCAGGUGAGAUCAUCUAAUAAGAGAAUUCAAGUGUGAGUAAAUUGAUAUUCCUAUUAGAAGGAGAGUUAUCAAUUAAAAUCAACAAUAGAAGAGUUCAAAUCUUAAAAAAAUUUAGUAUUGUAAAUCAAUAUGAGUUUUUUGCUUGCUAAUUAUCACCAUGUAAUAUAGUGGCAAAAUCCAGAUGCAAAAUUAUUGUAAUUGACUAUCAAUAGUUUUAUGAUUUAGUGUGUAUGCAUAAUCAAGAUUUUCAGAUUUACAGAAUGUGGUAUGACAGAAUGAUACACUACAAUCAAAGGUGUGUGUAUAAAGUGUGCUAUAUUUGCAUGGACCAACACGAAACUUGUAUGUGUCCAGCAGUUUUUUAUUAGCCAAACUACAAUAAAAUUGUUUCCAAUAGUACAUAUACUAUCCCCAAUUUGAGAUUAAAAUACCAUAGAUUUGAGAAAAAGAGAGUUUCCUCUUUGACAUAAUAAAAUCUAAUUAGUAUCACAGCUGUAAACUGGGCCCAAUAAUUUAAUAUAAUUUCGAAGAAUACGGAUAUGGUAGAUUAAUUUUUGGGGAAGCAGGACAGAGAAGAAGAAUAUCAAUUAUUUGCUGAUGAGGAUCACACAUCAAAAUAUUUAACUCAAACUUACACUCAUUAGUAGAGUAUUAAAUCCCCAAAAACAAAUAAAACUGGGAUUACUGGAAGAGAACGAGAUCGAGUUCAUACAGAUUCCAAUAUCAAUAGAACAUUAACUAUAAGAACUCUAAAAGCCUCCGAAAAUGGAACCUCAAGACUAAAACCAAAUAAUAAUGUAAAUAGCAAUAAUGACUCAAUUGUAGUAAGUAAUUCUCCCUCUCCCUUAUAAUAACCUAAUAAAACUCCCUUGAUGCUAUUUACAAAAGAAUAAAUGAAAAGACAAUCCAAUAUCAGUAGUAGCUUUACAAUUGAUAGAGGUUAAGACAAGAAAUCUUCAUUGUAAUCUUAAUAAUAGCCUGUUCAUUCAACAAGCAUUUUAUAAAGUAAAGAGGUUGUUCAAUAAUUGUAAAGCAAUUUAGGUAGUCCAAAUAUGCUAAAUACCUAAACUAAACUAAACGGUAAUGAUUUUAGUAUAAAUUGGCAUCGCUCCGAUACAUAACCUAUAUUUUCGGAUUUGAUUGGUUCUGUUGGUUAGUUAAUAUUAAUUCGAGACUUUGAAAAUAUGUAAUACUAUGAAUGGUAUUUUCCAAAGCACAACUACAUUAUAGUAAUUGAGAGAUUUAGAAAGUAUUUAAGUAAAAAAUUCAAUAGCAGAUGA